AUGAUAUUGUUUCUUUGUCCCUGUAUGCCCUUUUCAAUUUCCUUUCCCCAUCAUUUUACUAACAUAUUAAACUACAAACCACACACUAACCACAUUAAAUUCAAACCCGUGUUGCAUUUUACAAAUUUGAACCCAACCCAUGUUUCAUUUUGCUCAAGGAAUGAGAAAUUUGAUACCUUUUCAGAGAAUGAAAGGCUUGGAUUGCUCAACAAGCCUUCAUGCGUUCCAUUUGGAAAUGGGUCAUCUUCUGAAAUUGAAAGGGAUGCAGAGAAUGGCUUUGUGCAAAAGGAAGAUGUUUUGAAACCCCUUUUGAAGAUUUUCAAUGAAAGUGAUUCUCUUGAAGAAGAGACUGAGAUGGUUAGUUGUAUUGGUGAAUACUAUGAACCAAAACCUGGUGAUUUUGUUGUUGGUGUUGUUGUUGGAGGUAAUGAAAAUAGGCUUAGUGUAAAUGUGGGAGCAGAGUUAGAAGGGACAAUGUUGACUAAAGAAGUGCUUCCAUUGUAUAGUAGAGAAAUGAAGUAUUUGUUUUGUGAUGAGAAAAAGGAGGGUGAGAAUUUUGUGGUUCAGGGUAGAAUGGGAAUUUUGAGAAAUGAUGAUAUGAUAAAUGGAGUGAUGGUGGGAGAAAAGAGUAGUGUUGUAGAGAUUGGAACAGUUUUGUUUGCUGAGGUUUUGGGUAGAACACUUACUGGCAGGCCAUUGCUCUCUAGUAGAAGGCUCUUUUGUCGGAUUGCUUGGCAUCGACUGAGGCAGAUAAAACAGCUCAACGAACCUAUAAACGUUAGAAUUACCGAGUGGAAUAAGAAGGGCCUUCUAACGAGGAUCGAGGGUUUGCGAGCUUUCCUUCCCAAGGCAGAACUUGUGAAAAGAGUAAACAGCUUUACUGAUUUGAAAGAAAAUGUGGGGCGAUGUAUGAACGUACAAAUUACAGAAGUAGAUGAAGCUAGAAACAAUGUGAUACUUAGUGAGAAGAAAGCUUGGGAAAAGCUAUAUCUUCAGGAAGGAACUCUUGUUGAAGGGACUGUGAAAAAUAUUCUUCCAUAUGGAGCACAAAUAAGAAUAGGAGAAACAAAUAGAAGUGGAUUGUUGCAUGCUUCAAAUAUUACUCGAGCUAAAAUUACUUCUGUCGGUGACAUUCUCUUUGUUAAUGAGAAGGUUAAAGUUCUUGUCGUGAAAUCAGCUUUUCCAGAUAAAAUUUCUCUAAGCAUUGCGGACCUCGAGAGCGAACCUGGCCUAUUUCUAUCAAACAAAGAGAAAGUAUUUGUAGAAGCAGAUAUGAUGGCAAAGAAAUACAAAGAAAAGCUACCUCCUGCUUUUAUCACAAAAGGAUCACAACCCCUCUCUCAGAGUGUCUUGCCUUUUGAAAAUGAAGCACUUUAUGCUAAUUGGAAGUGGUUCAAGUUUGAAAAAUAA